CAUAAAUUCACAUUUGCCGGGUGAGGCAAGCUUUGUUAAGAAAUCAUUCAAUAGCCUAUCAAGUAUCAAUAGAUCUAGCAGCAAUCUAUUUGACUUGAUUCUAGACUAACCCUGGCUAGUAAAGUAUCUAGAGAACUGGGCCUUGCCUUGGAGUGAUAAUGAAUUUUAUAAUGAGAUGGGUUAAGAAUGAUAACAUGCCACCUUCAGAAAUAAGAGUAAAUUGCUGGUUUUGCAAUGAAGACUCCAUUGUAAAAGCUGAGGACAAAGACAGUUGGACUUGCAGAAAUUGUGAACAGUAUAACGGGUUUACAGAGGAUGGUGAUUACAACAAACCUAUCACUGAACAGUAUCAAAUUAAUGACAGUGUAGGAGUAAGCACGAGAACCCCAGCAGAGAUGAAUGAAAAAGAGUCCCUGCUAUGUGCUGACUGUGGCCAGAAUCAAGUGAUUAAAGUACGACAACUUGCAGCUUUUGUUCCAUUCAGUGAGGUGGAUUAUGAUGAUGAGGUUGAAAUGUAUAGAGAUUAUCUAGAGAAGGUGUACGCCCUGUGCAGUGUUUGCCAGGAAAGAGUGCAAGAUUUUAUUAGGAAACAAGAUUUGACACUCAUAAAUGACAUGUCAGCAGACCAGCAAAAGCUUGUGGAUAGUCUACAUGAGAAGUCCCUUUAUCCCGGUCACAGUGAUCAUGUACAGCACUCUAAUGUUAGAUUCUAUCAACAAGUAACGUCAAAAAUCCUAUUCAUCAUGUGUGCCCUGAGUUCUUUUCUCCUGCUUGUCUUUAACAUAAGACUAUACUUGGGCUCCACAUCAGCAGAUUACUCUUCAAAUCCCUGGCUGGAUGACAUCAAUAAAGUCUUCUUUUCUCAUGUAUCUGUGCACCUAGUACUUGACAUGUCUGGCAAGGCUGUACUUACAGGGGCCAUUUUUUGCUUGGUGGGACUGGCUUUAUCUGGCAAACACAGCCUGUACCCUGAAGACACAUUACAUUUGUUACUGUGGCUAGUCACCGUGGUGACAGCGUUUAACCUGGUUGAUGUAUCUCUCCCAGUUACUCUGGGCUUGAAUGUGCUGACUCUGUUUGUUGUUAUCAUCUGUUGUAUCAGAGACCGCAGACCCAGAAAUAUUACGGUAGAAUCUCUUCAAAGAAAACAGAUUUCUCCUGCUAGUUCUCCCAUAGAACCCAGACCAGAAUAUGUCAGAGAGUUUUCAGCUGAAGAAGCCUCGUUAAAGUCUUCACCCAGUGUUCAAGCAUCAGAAUCUGGUGGAAAGGAUCAAAUUACCCCCCAUUUUGAGGAAGUUAGGCAGAAUCUUGAGACAUUCACUUUUGGACUUGGCAAAAGAACCGGUUCCAAUAGCUCUAUAUGGUCUCUACCCCUAAUUGUGUCAGCCCCUGGGUCAGCACCUCGUCCUGUGUCUACUUGUCCUGCUGCAGUGGUUGCAGCUGAUUCGUCUACUGACCAUGUUAAACAAUCCAGAACUAUCAUAUCGCCAAGUAGACUUGGCUUCAUAUCUUUGGAUGUUAAAGAAAAAAGAACAUCAAGCAGUCCUUUCUCCUCGUUAGCACAGGACAUUUCCACAAAUCUACCAGAGAAUUUAAGCCCAUCUUACAAUCAUCCAAUGAACUCACUGCCUAGAUAUAAUGACCAGUAUCAUGGUUACCCACCACCUCUGAACAUUGCACCAGUUCAAAGGUCAGGCUCAGGAAACAACAGUGUGAUGAUGGAAGUCAAAAGGAGAAAAAACAACAUGACCACAGAGGAAACAUUUUUCUUAAAACCAAAGACCAGAGUGGUCAGGAAGUCCCAGCGUUUGGCCAUGGCCGGCAGAUCCCCUAAACCUUGGUCCCUUCAGAAGUCUCUCAGCUGUACCAACGCUUACGAUAAGGAAAAUAUAACCAGGGCGGCAGGAAAAGCAGUUAACCCUUUAGUUGCCAGCGCAUGCAGUAAUGAUAAUACUGCUGGUACCUUUAUGAACAGUAAAGUCAAUCUUCACUGUGGAGAUGGGAGUGGUCAGCAUGGCGCCCCAAAAGGCAAUGUAAGAUUAAAUCCUUCUUUGCGAUUUGAGAAGGAUUUUUCAGAUGAUGAAGGUGAAAUAGAGUUACGUCAAUCCUUGGAAGGAAAGUCUAAAAAUAUAGCUGGGAGUAAUGGUCAAGAAUUUUCCUUCAGGUGGACUGUGAUUGGUCUGAUUAUUGGUGUGAGUGUCACAGCUAAUAUCUUUAUGAUUUACUUGAUGAACUUAAAGGCAGGGUGAACUAGUGGACCUGGCUGAGUCUGUUUUUAGCCAUUGUUGCCUCUGUAGGUUUGAUGUCCAACUGGGAAGAAAGAAUCAAUUAUUUUGUUACAUUUUAACUUUUAUGUUUAUGACAUUCAUGUUAAAAAAACCAGUGUUUUCUGGCCCAAAAAAAUUUCUCAAUCAAAGUGAAAAGCAUUUAUCAUGUACCAAAGUGUAUUGGUUGAUGGAUAGUUUGGUAUAAGCUAUAUGGCAGCAGUCCUAUGCUUUUUAUGUUGGCUUUUUAAAAAAGAGUUGUAGUACUUGAGACUGAUGGCUUCCCUCCCUUUGCUGUUUCCAACUAUCUGUUUGAAACUGAAAGGUUAAGAUUGAUGUAAUGAUGAUAGACUGGUUAGAGAAUGCAUACAACUGUGUAUGAAUCAUUGUGACUUAUUUGCUUUUGUACUAUUGGCUAGAUGAAACAAACUGGAGAUGGUGUGGUUGAUGAAAACUGGUCAUGUUGUGGCUGUUGUUAGAUAAAAUGGACAUGGUCUGGUUGAUGCUUGAUGAAAAUUGGACAUUUUCUGGUUGAUGCUUGAUGAAAAUUGGACAUUUUCUGGUUGAUGUUAGAUGAAAAUUGGACAUUUUCUGGUUGAUGCUUGAUGAAAAUUGGACAUUUUCUGGUUGAUGUUAGAUGAAAAUUGGACAUUUUCUGGUUAAUGCUAGAUGAAAAUUGGACAUUUUCUGGUUGAUGUUAGAUGAAAAUUGGACAUUUUCUGGUUGAUGCUUGAUGAAAAUUGGACAUUUUCUGGUUGAUGUUAGAUGAAAAUUGGACAUUUUCUGGUUGAUGCUUGAUGAAAAUUGGACAUUUUCUGGUUGAUG